GUCACUAAUCCGAUCCGUAGCGCUUCCGUAUCUACCGUUGGAUCACCGGAGCAACCGAGCGGAAGGGACGGGGUUCUGUCUCGCCGAGCGUCGACGCGAUGGAGGCGGAGGCGGCGGCGCUUUCGCAACUGCAGCUGCAGCUCCUUGCCCUCGUCUCCGAUCUCCGGCUCACCCGCGAGCGGGAGCGGGCCGCGCGGGAGGAGCUCCACGCAUCCAGCGAGAGGUGGAAGGCGGCGGAGGAGGAGCGCAGGAGGGAGGCUCGGGAGCUGCGAGCGGAGUCGGCGGCGCGGGACGACGCGCUGCAAAGGCUCGAGUCCAGGGUGAAGUGCCUUGAAAAUGAAAAUGAGUUGCUGGAAAGAAACGAAAAGGAUUUGAAAGAAAACAUAGAGAGACUGCUUCAAUCAAGGGAGGCAUUCAUGAGACAGUACGAGGACUCUGCUUGUUCUCUGCAAUGGACCAUCCAGAUGAGGGAUAAACAGAUUACCGUAAUUUCAGAAAAGCUGAAUUCCCAUCUGGCUUUGUUUAAUUCAGUAGGAAAGGAAGUUGCUGCGGUAAAACAAAUACUAGGUGACGUGGAAUGCCUAGUUGGUGAGAAGGAAAAUGUAGUCUCUGAUUUGAAGUGUAAGGUCCAAAGGAUUUCUGUACUCGAGAAAGAUUUUGUUGAGAAACUUAGUUUCUUGGGAGAUAAAAUUUCUAGUUACCAGCUCGAACUUCGAAAUAGGGCGAGGAUCAUAUAUGGAUUGAAGGAGCAACUUGACGCUGAGAAGCUUAAAAACAAUUUUCAUCCCCAGCUAGAAGAACUUAAGAAAUCUCUGCUGGUGAAGGAUGAAAUUAUCGAGAGGUUGAUUUCAGAUAAGCAGGAAAUGCUUGUGGAGCUUCAUAACAUGGAAACUGCUCUACAGAAAUUUCAAGACAUAUUCAGCAGGCUUGGGCAUGAGGAAAUAAAAAGUUCUCUGCCAGUUUCUGAAAGUCAGGAUUGUAAAGUAAAUAGCAUUCCAGGUAGUCAAGUUGAUCUGCCUAAUGAGGAUAGGAUGAUACCCAUAAUUGAUGAAACAGCCAAUGUAAAUGUAGAAUGUAAAUCGGGAAUUGACACUGGCAGCAAUCAAGUACAAAGCCCACCGUCUCUUAAGCAUUAUGCCUUGCCAUGUUCAGAACCUGUAACUGCAAAUGUUGAAAAACCUGAGUGCCCUCCUGAAUCCGAAGACAUUGAGAUGGGCAAUUCAUCUCCCGAACAGCAAACACAUUCUGCAAAUCCAGACCCUGAGAUAGAAAAUCAGUCCUGAGCACGAUCAGUUCCAGAGGGACACCACGACUACAAUGUACAAAGCUGCCAAUUGCCUAUAUCCAGCGUCGCAGCUCAUGACUUGUGCUCAUAGUUGAGUGCUUGCUUGUGCACGAUGCUAGUUAGACACAAAAGAUGGGGUGGAUGGAGCGAGAGAUUUUUUUUUUUCAUAAUCCAUCUUUUAAAGUUGUUGUUGUCACACUUCUCUGUGAUUUCUAUUUUUCCGGAGAAAACUCCUAGAGCUCUUUCCUUUUAAGCAUACAAAAUCUCAGAUAUCUGUAUCCCUCCGUGUCCGUCAUGGCCAGCGUAACUGGGCUGCUGCUCCAGAAAUCGAGCUCGGCAUGUUCACGUGAACCAGGCUGUGGCUCCACCUUAUGAGUCCUUCAUGCCCAACGUAAUUGGUCUGCUGCUCUGGAAACCAACCUCGGCACGUUCAGGUGAA